AUGCCACGAACAAGAAACAUCACCCGCAGACAGUGGGACGCGGCGAACAGUGCCAAUGCCAACGUCGCGCACGACCAUGAGAGCGAGAAGGAGAACGAAAACGUCUCGAGCGCACAACCACGGUAUGACACCGCUGCUGGACGGCGGGGUACCAGAUCAACGGCUGGGAGAACGGUGUUGGGUGGCAUCUCGACCACGUUAGCAGUCAGGACCGCAACGAAGGGGAAGACCGUAGCAGCGAAACCCAAAGGCAAUAUAACGGUGACGAAGAAGAAGAAGCAGCCUCUGCAGGACAUCACAAAACAUUUCGUGCCUGCCCCAGAGGCGGAAAAUAGAGGCCAGGGUGUCACAGCCGCUAUAACUCCCUCGUCAGAGGCAGCCGCUGAAGUAAUUUCUGCCAUUGCGUUACCAUCUCCUGUUGCAGAGCACGCCAUAAACGCAGUCCCUGUGGUCAGCCGUCCCACCUUCUCCUCCCCCCUACCGCCCUCCUCGCCCCCUUCUGCAUCCUCAUUCACUUCACCACUACACGCCCAGCCUCUGCCAGGUGCAUUCCAGCAUCUCUUGUCCCCGUCAGGGCAUGUCUUCAGCGGAGCUCAUAAACGUGAGCACGACGUGGACGAAGCUGGGGCUUAUGACCCAUGGAACUCAUUCGACGUCCGACCCUCUGAGGAAGAAGCUGGCAAUGACAACCCCACCCUAACAAACUCUGACCCCUUUGGUUUCUUCGCGCUCGAGAAGAAACUCAAAGUAGAGCGGCACGAGAAGCAGGAUAACGAAUACGAGGACCAGUGGGAAGACGGGGGGUUGAUUCUGGUGGCUGAUACGUCGUCGCCUAGGAAUGUACCCCGUUUAUCACAGGAGCAGAAGAGGGCGUUGGAGGUAACCGACGCUGACGCUCACGCGGAGGAUGAGGACGAAGACGAGGAAGAGGGACCAUACUUCCACACGCCCCCUACACCCCAUAAGAGCAAGAAGAAACGCCGGAUAUCUUUUGAGGGGAUUGAAGAUCCAGAUAAAGACAUCUUCAGCGUGCAUACCUCUUCUGCGCCAAGCAGCCCGUCGCCUUCAAAACUCGCAGAGUCCAGGAAGAGAAAGACGAGUUACGACUAUGUGCACGCUGACGACGAAGCGGAAGAACCAGAGGUAGAUCUCCUGGAGGAGGCGGAGAAGGCGAAGGACAAGAAGAGGGCUCGCAUUUCUGGGGCUGCUGCGGUCGCCACGGAGGAAGGGACGCAGCUGAGGAGAGGAAGGAGCGCGAGCAGCAAACGCAAGGCGGUGGAUGUAGAGGCUGAGGCCGACGAUAACGAGUCGCCGGAGAAGAAGCAGAAGUUGAAGACCAAGGUGGAAACUGUCAAGCCUAUGUCGAAAACGGCGAAGACGAAUUCAAAGAUGAAGCAGAAUAAGAAAGAAGCCGAUCCGGAAACUGAGGAGAAAUUUGAACGGGAUCGCCAAGCACGCGUCGAGUACUUCAAGUCCCUUGAGGGCUACGAAGUCGAGACGGAGAAUGUUUAUGUCGUCUGAGCGAAAGCUGGCCAGAGUAUGCACGAACUCUUGAAUAUGAAACUUACACUUGCGUAUUGUCCCUUCCUACCCUAUGAUCAUUCUAUUAUCCCUU